AGCCGCGCCGAGCCGAGCCGCAGGCUGCUGUGGGGAGGGCGACCCGGCGGGGCUCAGCAGGAGCAGCUGCUGCCACCAUGAUCUGCAAGGCAGGGCUGAUCACACCAGAGCCCUCUGACCCCAUAGAGUACCAUGGCAAAUCAUCUGACACCUACUACCACAUGGACCGCUGGCAGAGGCUGCGCACAGCUGUCAGGAAGCUGGAGUUCUGGGAAAAUUUCAACGCUGAACUGAUAGGUAGUGGCUUCUUCUCCAAGGUCUACAAGGUGACCCAGGCUGCUGCUUGUAAAGUGAUGGUGGUGAAGAUCUACAAGAACGACGUGGACCAAGAGGUGAUUGUACGUGAGAUCAGCCUGCUGCAGAAGCUGUCCCACCCCAACAUUGUCAGGUAUCUUGGGAUAUGUGUGAAGGAUGACAAGCUGUACCCCAUUCUGGAGUACGUGAAUGGGGGCUGCCUGGAGGAGCUCCUGGCCAGCAAAGACAUCACUUUGACAUGGAAGGAGAAAGUGGACUUAGCUUCUGACAUUACCAGAGGCAUGAUCUACCUGCACUGCAAGAACAUCUACCAUCGAGAUCUCAACUCCAAGAACUGCCUCAUUCGAGUGACGCCACGGGGCCGUGAGGCACUGGUGACUGACUUUGGGCUGGCCAGAGAGGUGGUGGAGCUGCCUGUGAAGGACGUGGAGAGGAAGCUUUCUCUGGUGGGCUCUGCUUUCUGGAUGGCUCCUGAGAUGCUGCGGGGAGAGCCCUAUGACCGGAAGGUAGAUGUGUUUUCCUUUGGCAUUGUCCUUUGCGAAAUCCUGGGCAGGAUACCAGCUGAUCCUGAAGUGCUUCCCAGGACUCAGGAUUAUGGCUUGGAUGUUGCUGCUUUCCAAGGGAUGAUCAGUGAAUACCCCAGGCGGGUGUUGGACCUUGCUGCUAGCUGCUGUUGGGUGGAAGCGUUUAAGAGGCCUUCUUUCUCCGAAAUCCUGGAUGAAUUGGAAGAAGUUGCAGAGAGCCUGGAGCCUAGGAGGGAAAAUCAGCUUUUGGGCUGAGCUGUGGGGCUCCUGCAAGGCCUGGUGGAGUAUUGCACAAACUUGUAAAUCAACUAUCUGGAGGGUCAGAAGUGAAGAAGGAAGGUGGGAAAGGGAACAGCCAAGUGAUGCGCUGGUAUUUAUUUAAUCAUAGUCUCAGUCUCUAAAUUCUGGAUUGGAAAAAGUAGUUAAAAAUGGAGAAGGGAUUUAUCACAGGUAUAUAUUUCUUAGGUAGGUUUUUAACAGAUGUAAUUCAGACUCAAGCAGCCUUUGUUCAUUUACUUGUUAAAAGUACUUGAUCCUGGAGGAGCAGGUCAGGGACCUGAACUCCCUUGCAGAUGCUUUCCAAAUACCCAACAGAAAUGUAGUUCUCUCCUGCUUCCAUGUGCCCCCUGGACUCAGGGUCUUCCCCUUCCAUAUCCCCUCUGGCCUUGGGGAAUCUCCUCUAUGGAGGCUGUGGUCCUUGCGGUGUGAAGGAGUGGGGCUUUGGCACACUCAGUGAGCCUCAGGGUUGCCUUCUGUUUCAAAGCCUUACAACACCCAUCUGGGAGCCUUGCAAGGACAGGGACAUUCUAAAUUUCUGACUAGGCUCCUUGACAUUGUACAAAGGACGCAUCAGUAUCAGGCAAAGUUUUGGAGUGCUGGGACUAUCCACAUGGUGCUGACCUGUACUAGGCCGAGGCAAUGGUGUGCCUUCUCAAGAUAUGAAUUAACCAAUUAAUAUCUCCUAUUAUAAAAGCUUUGUCAGGCAUGUGCCACGUCAGAGUUGUCCCAGUAUUGUAGCAGUCUGGAUUUCUCCCCACUGUCCUCAGUCUGGGUUCAGAUAUGGGAGUCUGGGUUCAGGAGUCUGCCUCCCCACCUCUCAUCCUGCUGCAAAUACAUGGCGACAAGCAUAGUGCCAACAGCUUGUGAGGCCAAAGCAGGGGAGAGUUGGGUCUGGCAUUAUGCAGUAUCUCACCUAUUCCUCUGCCUGGUCGAGCAUCCCAUUGCCUCUCCAGUGGUUAGACACCCUUGUGGGCCCCAGGGCUCAUGCAGCCAUGAAAGGAUUUUCUUUUGAUGCUUUCUUCUGUGUUUUCUUCUGUGGGCUGGAGGAGUGUUGCUAGGUCUGCAGAUCCAAACCAGAGCUGGAAAGAAUAAUGGCAAGAAAUGGUCUGGCACUGCAAAUUAAGAGAAAGAGCUGAGAAGACAAGUUAAUGUUUCAAGAUCAGCUGAUGGCUGCACCAUCAUCGUGAAAGAGGUUCUACUAGGACCAAAAUUUUUGUGAGUGUAAAUAGGCAUAUUGCCUGUAUAUUGGUGGAGCAGUGGCUCUCUUCUUGUAGACUGUAAGCUCUUGGAGCAAGGAUCCUUCAUUUGUCCAUGAAAAAGUAAUUGUGUAGUGUAUGACCCAAUGGAGCUUUCAGUGUUGUGGGAGGAAUGAUGUGCUCUCACAGAGUAGUAUAGACCUACAUGUGGGUCUCAUCUCAAGCUCUUGAAGUAGAAUUUGGUGUCACAUAUGGCCCAACAUCUAUGUGUUGUGGUGCUUGUACAAGGGAGUGUCACUAGUGUGCCAGGACAGAGAUGUUGUGGAGGAGUGGUACAUUUUCCCCAGGGAUUUCCUUAUGAUCAGGACCUGACAUGAAAUGCACUGAAUGGCACCAGAAUCAUUGUCUCAGCCACAUGUCCAGACAACUUCUCAUUCCCCAGAGCUGCCAUCAUGCUGUUGACAUCUGUGCAGAAGAAACCUCCUGCUCAAUAGUAAAACUGCUCAGCAAAAAUCUUCCUCCCAGCUUGAUACUGCCAGCAGCAAGGACCAAAGCCUUGAGAAAUAGAAGACUGAAAAUAGAAGUUUUUCAACCUGGAGGAAGGCAGAGUGGCCACUUUUUGACUUGCACCAGUUUGGGGGCUUUAGACCCCUAAAUGAAAAGGGCUGCAAAGGCAGCACAGUGUGUAUAUACUUGUGCAUCUUUAGUGACAUUCAGACAACACGGGCACUGCUGUCACUGCUCCCAUGCCUGCCCUGGCUGAGGAAAGCUGCCUGUUGGCUGAGAUCCCCCGCUGCGCUGAGGAAUGUGCCUACCCGGAGCUGAUCACCUCAGCGACAUGAGCUAACCACAACCUUCCAAGGCUUCCCAGGCUCCCGUGGGCUCUUCCAUAGCAGAAUAAGCUUGAGAAAGAGGAGUUGUAUGAUUCUAUGAAUCCGAUAUGGUCCUAACACCUCAAUUGUUAAGCAGGGCACUAAAGAUAGAAGAUAGCUGUCCUCUGUGGCUCUGUCUGGCGCUAGAUGCACUGCUUUCACAUAGCUUUUCCCCAGGUAUCCCCAUGCUGCCUGGCUGCCCAAGGUGGACUCUGUUCUUCUUCUGAUCAUCACCAUGCACAAUAGUAUAACAGAAGAUGCACAAUAUACUGAUCCCUCAAACAGCCUUUUAGGGGGUGAAGGUGUUUUGUCCCAGGGGCACUUUCCUGCAGGGCUUCUUCCUUGUUGGCCACCCUCUCUGCAGGACCAGCAAACUUGGUGCUGGUGUCUGAGAUGUGUGCCCUUUGGCAAACUGGGCUGGUCCUUCUUUGAGCCGUACAUCUGACACUGGUCCUGCAGAUCAGCAGUUGGGGUACUGGGACACAGUAGAAAUGGUAUGUGGAUUUGUGUGUACUUUGGUGACACUGUAGUAUGAAAGGAGUUCUUUUGGUUUUAUUUAUCUGCUUGGAGGUAAGAAACCUCCAAACCUGUUGGAGGUAAGAAACCUACUCAAGGAUUACAGAUCCAUAGGAAUAUUAUUUUCUGCACAGAGGACAGCAUUAGCCCAUGUAGUCUGAGCUGCGAUGAGAUCACCAAUGCUUUUGAGCUGGCCAGAGAUGGGGUGAUGCCAGAGAAUGCCAAAAAUGCCAUUUUCAUUGGAAUUAGUGGUUUUAUCAGUGCUGGUGACUAAAGAUGGCAUGGACCUAGGUGCUGUUCUGCCAUUGCUCACACAGUUAAGUUGUUGGUACCUCUGUGAUGUGGGUUUGGCUCAAACCACCAGCAUUGUUCCCAGUUGCUUGGGCACAAUGUGACAAUUAGCGUGAGCCAUGAACCAUUCCCAGUGGACCAUCAGGUUGUGCAGGUGGUUGUGAAGAGAGAAAGGUUGAUGGUCUGGACAGCUGGGCUGAGCCAUGGCAACCUCAGACAAGGGAAUAAGCCUACUCUAUCUUCUAGUAUAGGUAUGGCUGGUGAAACAAAGUCUACAUGGCAUUUUAAGAGCAGUCACAAGGCUGGACUCAGAGAUGUGUUUCUUCUAGGCUUGCCAUGUGUCUCGUGGAUGGGACAUCCAGCCACAUGCUGAGUCUCAGGUGACCAAAGGAUAUCAGGUCUUUGCUAGAGGGACCUUUGGUUCCUGCUGCAAGGGCAGGUGGAACUGAGACUGUCUUCAGGUUCUAUGUGGAUGACAAAAGCCAAUGUUUGGAGGGUACAGAGAACAGAGGUGGUCUGGGAAUUUGGUGCAUCUAGUUGACCAAGAGUUUUUCUUCACUGGUCAGCUAGAGGGAACAACAAGCACAGGAAACCUGCCCCAAUGCCCUCCAGCUGUGAUCCCCUUGCUGGGACUGCAGGACCUGGCCUCCCCACACCAAUCUGACAAAAUCCAGCUAAUUAGUUGAAUUUUGUAUCUUACUGUCCAGGCAACUGAAGCAACACCAAUGGUAGGUGGAGAGUCUGGGCAGUGCAGAAGGCUUGACUUUGCUGGACCUGAUCAGGAACCGCCUCCUCUGCCUCUUGGCCAUUUGCUCUGCUGGUGCUGGCACCAUGGACCAGACAAUGCUGCACCCUAUGGGCCAUGCAUUUCCAUGUCCCUCAUUGCAUCUUUGUUUUUCAAUGCUAUUUGGAAAUAAAGAAAGACUAGAGGUGCUUUACCACAGCA